AUGAACUGCAGCUGUUCUGACCUGGAGGAAAUGCCCAGAAAGCCUCUCUGCUACCUCAGGUGAGACUGAACACCAUCUCACUCAUGUAGCUACUCUUGUUUCCACAUUAUGAUUUGCUGUAAUUCUCUAAAAAUUCUCACAUUCCUGUUACAAGUAUUUAUGUGAAUAUUCUUGUAAAAAAUUUGACAGACAGGUGUCAGAUUGAUCGUAUUUUAUGAAUAAUCCCGCUGUGUGACAUCUGAGGAUUACUGUGGCCCCAUAGGGAUUAGUAGAGGGGUUGGGAGGUCUUUACCUGGUUUUAGAUGUUCUCUUUUGAAUCAGCCCUUCAAUCUAAUUCAAAUUUAGUAGUGUUUAAAAAUAUUUGUUUUCACAGAAUUCCUAACCAAUCCUCUAAACCUCUAAAAGAGCAAGUUUAGUGCAACAUCAGACAAAGAAAAAACUCCCUAUGGAGGAAGAAACCUUUAGAGGAACCAGUUGCAGCAGUCCAGCCCUCCAUGUCACACUCCCCUUUGUUUCCCCUACCCACCACCGGCUUCCAAUCUGGGGCAAAGAAGCAGUGCUAGAUACCCUCCAGCAUAACUCAUUCCUAAUGGAUAUACACUGAGUAUACAAAACAAUAAGGACACCUGCUCUUUCCAUGACAGACUAUCCAGGUGUGAGCUAUGAUCACUUAUUGAUGUCACCUGUUAAAUCCACUUCAAUCAGUGUAGAUCAGGGUUUCCCAACUGGCAGCUGUGGGUCGUUUUAUUUUGCCCCCCAUGUUUUCUGAGCUCCCCAAAUGUUUUUCAAUUUAAUUUUCAAUGUUGGACAUACUUUUUAUUUGUUACACCAGGAAUUCGGCUCCAAGUGUUUUAUUUGGGAAAUCUGUUCCCAAGUAUUUCCAUGCAUAAUAGAGAGACACGUGAUCAUAUGGAAUUAUGUUUUAGUCAAAUAUUAUCUGUUUGGGCUUCUUGCAGUCAAUUUAGUCUACAAAUUAUUUGUAAUUAUGUUCUGGCCCCUGACCAUCCAAUCAAGAAAAAAAUCAGCCCGUGGCUGUAUCUAGUUAAUGAUCCCUGGUGUAGAUGAAGGGGAGGAGACAUGUUAAAGAAGGAUUUUAAAGCCUUGAGACAUGGAGUGUGUAUGUGUGCCAUUCAGAGGGUGAAAGGCAAGAAAAAAUAUUUAAGUGCCUUUGAACGGGGUAUGGUAGUAGGUGCCAGGCGCACCGGUUUGAGUGUUUCAAGAACUGCAACGCUGCUGGGGUUUUCACACUCAACAGUUUCCCUUGUGUAUCAAGAAUGGUCCACCACCCAAAGGACAUCCAGCUAACUUGACAACUGUGGGAAGCAUUGGAGUCGACAUGGGCCCAGCAUCCCUGUGGAAUUGAGGCUGUUCUAAGGGCAGAAGGGGGUGCAACUCAAUAUUAGGAAGUUGUUCCUAAUGUUUUGUACACUGUGUAUAUGCUGUUAAUAGAGCUUACUAUUAGAGCAGGAUGCACUGAAAGUUCAGCUCCUUGCUUCCUGAUCUCACACAGUGGCCAUUGAUUAGACAGCAGUGAUAUACUGUAACACCCCCCUCUAGAGUUUUACCUCCUAAAGGACACUUAAGUGAUCUCUAUCUCUCCAACUGUUCCUCCUGAUCUCUCUCUCCCCCAGUAAUGAGGAGGCAGCAGAGUUGCUGGGAGAGAAUCACUUUGGACCGCAGCAGCUGAUGGAAAUCUGGGGCCAUGCCUGUGCCAUCGCUAUCACCAAGGUCUGUGCUGUCCCUUCUUACCUAUUUAGGGUAGUUUUGAACUAGGGAAUUGAAUAACAUGAAUAUACAACUUCAUUCUCGUGUACAGGCCUUCCCCCUGAGUUCCCUAAAGAGGCGUCCUACGGUCUUGGUGAUCUGUGGUCCCAGUCAGAAUGGCUUUAUUGGCCUGGCCUGCACUUGCCACCUACGCAUGUUUGUGAGUAACGUGCCAGUGGAGCACGUGUUUUUCUGAACUAACUAAAAGGUACUUCCUUGACACCCAGUCCCUCUUCUUCUCCACUUAUCUCUGUAUUUGUGUCAGGACUAUAUACCCACGGUGUACUACCCUAAGCGCUCUAUUCUGGCCAUGCACCGGGACUUUACAGUACAGUGUGAAAGAACUGACAUCUCUUUCCUCUCAUUUCUCCCCGCAGAGGUAAGGGAACUACUAUGAAUCAACUAACGCUAACCAAGGUUCAUUUUUAUUGUCUGGCCGAUUACAUACCAUACCAUGAUAUUGGGAACAGAAACUAGAGACUAAAAUGAGGAAUGUUCACACAACAGUUUUGUGUGAAUGCAUUUCUACUUGUUAGUGGUCUGACUGACAUGUAUUUGUCUUGUCCUACAGGUGCAACUUAUAAACUAUGCAUAUAAACUGGGGGUGGAUGCCAUCUUGGGGCCGGAGACAGAGCCAUCUGAUAGAGUCCUACAGCACAUCUUGCGCUCCCUCAGACACUGA